CGGUCAGACGCGGAGACUUGAAGUUGAGUAGUGUGACGGAAUUAAGUUGAUUUAAUUGAGUUUUAACGAGUUUAGUGAGUGUUGUGUUUUUUUAAGUUCAGUUGUAAUAGAUACAAAUCACAAAAUGGCGCCAUCAAUAGGCGUGUCAGAAUUCUACGCUGGGAAGACAAUCUUCAUAACAGGAGCUACGGGUUUUAUGGGAAAAGUUCUUAUAGAAAAACUUUUAAGAUGCUGUCCGGAUUUAAAAAGGAUUUAUUUACUAAUGCGACCGAAACGAGGACAAAAUACCAAAGAACGACUUGACGACUUCAUAAAUUGCCAAAUUUUUGACUAUCUUCAAGACAAAUCUCCGAAAGCCUUCGAUAAAAUUACAGUAAUCCAGGGCGAUAUCCUGUUAGAAGAUCUAGGUAUUAGCAUACAAGACUGGGAUCUUUUACAGAAAGAAACUGAGGUUUUGUUCCACUGCGCAGCGUGUGUACGAUUCGACAUGUUCAUACGAGACGCGGUGAACAUGAAUACAGUCGGCACUUUAAAAGUCCUCAAAUUAGCCGAUGGAAUGAAAAAAUUGGAGGUUUUCGUCCACGUCUCAACUUCCUACUGCCGCUGCGAAGUUCACACCCUGGAGGAACGUCUAUACCCAGCCAAGCACAGACCACAGGAUGUCAUUGAAUGCGUCAAGUGGAUGGACGAUGAUCUUCUAACCUACCUUCAGCCGAAACUUAUAGACCCUCAACCGAAUACGUAUGCCUACACCAAGUCGCUCACUGAAGAUCUGGUCUCGCAGUACGUCGGGAAGUACCCCAUCGUAAUCGCAAGACCGUCUAUUGUAACGGCAGCCUACAAGGAACCUUUGCCUGGUUGGGUUGACAACAUGAACGGACCGACGGGACUCUUAGUUGGCGCUGGAAAAGGAGUGAUCCGCACGAUGCAUUGCAACGACUCGUAUUCAGCGGACGUGAUCCCAGUCGACAUGGCCGUGAAUGCAUGUAUUUUGCUUUCGUACUUAACUGCUCUUGAAAAGCCGAAAGAGGUUCGAAUCUGUAACAUAACACAGUCCGGUAACAACCCCAUCACUUGGGGCCAAGCACUCGAUAUGGGUCGUAUUCACGUCCAAGAGUUCCCAUUCUCCGUGUGUCUUUGGUACCCAGGGGGUUCACCGAAGAGCUCCAAGGUCCAGCACCUGAUCGCAGCCUUCUUCACUCACCUCCUACCAGCUUACUUUGUCGAUUUAAUCAUGUUUUUAAUGGGCAAGAAAACUUUCAUGAUAAAAAUACAAAAACGCGUCAGCUACGGUCUAGACGUCCUACAAUACUACACCACGAAGGAAUGGUUCUUCAACAACGAUAACUACAGAGCUCUUUCUAAACAAGUUUCCAAAGUCGAUAAUGAAAUAUUUUACACCAAUUUGGAGGUUAUGCACUGGAGUGCUUACAUAAGGAACUACAUAAAGGGCGCUCGGGAGUACUGCUGCAAAGAAGACCCUGCGACGUUACCACAGGCCAGGAAACUGCACAGACAAUUGUACUACUUGGACAAGGCAGUCCAGUUUGUCAUCUAUUUCCUAAUUGCAUAUUUCAUUUAUUAUUAUAUAAUACGUUUCUUUUGUUGAUGCUAUUCAAUUAUAUUAUAUCUCUGUGUAAAUAACAUAAGUAAAUAAUGUUUGAAAACAAAGAUAUCUAAAGAAAACUUAGCACAAAUUAAUUCCGAUAAUAAUCACGAAAGUAAACAAUUUGGAUUCAAUGAAUUAAUUAUAUGAUGUAUUUACAAAUUCAAGCAUUUGUACCGAUAUGUUGAUUAAGUUGCAGCUAGAGUCAUUAUUUAUAUGUUCCUUUAAAUAGUAUUAGUAAUCAAAUUGAAAAUUAACAAAAUAUACGAGCCUUAGAGAAAUCAUAAUGAUAAAUCAUAGUGUAACAUUGGACAUCUCAUCUCAGAAACAUAAACAUUAUAUCUCCCAAACCAACUUUAAAACGGCGCACGCUCAUUGGUCAAAUCAAACAGCGUCCCGUCCCUUUUCACGAAAUCACUUUACAAAUUGCGAGAAA